AUCUUGGUUUCGUGAUCGGAACCUGACUCGUGGUAAAAUGGAUAAGAUGAUCUCAGAAAACGGAGAAACAACUGCCGACGGGUCAAUUUGCGGCUAUGAUUCGCUGCAUCAACUCUUAUCAGCGAAUCUUAAGCCCGAGCUCUAUCAGGAGGUAAACCGAUUGCUCCUUGGACGUAACUGUGGGAGAUCGCUUGAACAGAUUGUUCUGCCGGAGUCUGCAACAUCCUUGUCUUCAAAACAUGAUUUUGAUCUCCAGGCUGUUAGCUUUUCAGCUGAUAAAGAGCAAAUGAGAAAUCCUCGAGUGGUUAGAGUUGGUCUCAUUCAAAACUCCAUCGCUCUUCCGACCACUGCUCCUUUCUCGGACCAAACAAGAGGUAUAUUCGACAAGUUGAAGCCGAUGAUCGAUGCUGCGGGUCUUGCUGGUGUUAACAUACUGUGCUUGCAGGAAGCUUGGACGAUGCCUUUUGCAUUUUGCACUAGGGAGAGGAGAUGGUGUGAGUUUGCAGAGCCUGUUGAUGGCGAAUCCACAAAGUUUCUUCAAGAACUCGCUAAAAAGUAUAACAUGGUGAUUGUUAGUCCCAUUCUUGAAAGAGAUAUUGAUCACGGUGAAGUGCUUUGGAAUACCGCUGUGAUUAUAGGGAAUAAUGGAAAUAUCAUUGGCAAGCAUCGAAAGAACCAUAUACCGAGGGUAGGAGAUUUCAAUGAGAGCACGUAUUACAUGGAAGGAGACACUGGCCAUCCUGUGUUUGAGACAGUGUUUGGGAAAAUUGCGGUUAAUAUCUGUUAUGGAAGACACCAUCCUCUAAAUUGGUUAGCUUUUGGUCUAAAUGGUGCAGAGAUUGUCUUCAACCCUUCAGCAACUGUUGGUGGACUCAGUGAACCAAUGUGGCCUAUUGAGGCACGAAAUGCCGCGAUAGCAAACAGUUACUUCGUGGGAUCCAUUAACCGAGUUGGAACUGAAGUAUUCCCCAAUCCUUUUACGUCAGGUGAUGGAAAACCGCAACACAAUGAUUUCGGUCAUUUCUAUGGGUCAAGCCAUUUCUCUGCACCGGAUGCUUCUUGCACACCGUCUUUGUCCCGUUACAAAGACGGGUUAUUGAUCUCGGACAUGGAUCUCAAUCUCUGCCGGCAAUACAAGGACAAAUGGGGAUUUAGGAUGACUGCAAGAUAUGAAGUCUAUGCCGAACUUUUGGCUAAAAAAAUAAUGCAAUCUCUCACCUUAACUCGAUACCCAACUCCAAUUUCCCCGCCAAGACUCAAUCUUUACCCGCUAAGACAAAUCGCAGCGUCUGUUCUCUCUGUUCCGACCACCGGCAACCGUAGCGAGAUGACGUCUCGUCGUGAGUGUGCUUCCUUUAAGUCCCUCGCCGUUGGUCAGACUUCGACCGGUGAUGGUGAUGAUGGUUACUGUACUCUCAUAGACUUUGCAGGUAAUGGAGGAGGAGAAGGGACAAAGGUAGGAGAUGAUCUUGUGGUGUUGCUUUACCACAUACAACAUGCCUGCAAAAGAAUCGCUUCUCUUGUCGCCUCUCCUUUCAAUUCUUCACUCGGAAAGCUCUCUGUUAACUCCUCUAGUGGGUCAGAUCGAGAUGCACCUAAGCCGCUCGAUAUUGUCUCGAACGAUAUCGUCUUGUCCUCUCUUAGAAACUCAGGGAAAGUAGCAGUAAUGGCUUCUGAAGAAAACGAUAUUCCAACUUGGAUAAAAGAUGACGGUCCUUACGUUGUGGUUGUAGAUCCUCUAGAUGGGUCACGGAACAUUGAUGCUUUGAUACCCACAGGAACUAUAUUCGGGAUUUAUAACCGCCUGGAUGAGCUUGAUCAUUUACCAGUCGAAGAGAAAGCUGAGCUCAAUUCUUUGCAGAGAGGCAACAGGCUUGUAGCUUCCGGUUAUGUGCUCUACUCUUCAGCCACUAUCUUCUGUGUUACACUUGGCUCGGGAACACAUGCCUUCACGCUAGACCAUUCCACAGGAGAAUUUGUUCUUACCCAUCAAAACAUCAAGAUCCCUACUCGAGGACAAAUCUACUCAGUGAACGAUGCGAGGUACUUCGAUUGGCCAGAAGGUUUAAGGAAGUACAUUGACACAGUGAGACAAGGCAAAGGUCAAAACCCGAAAAAAUACUCGGCGCGUUACAUUUGUUCUCUCGUAGCUGAUCUUCACAGGACUCUGUUAUACGGUGGAGUGGCUAUGAAUCCUAGAGACCAUCUCCGUUUAGUCUACGAAGGAAACCCUUUGGCUUUUCUCGUGGAACAAGCUGGUGGCAAAUCCUCUGAUGGAAAAAGAGGGAUACUUUCGAUACAACCAGUGAAACUUCACCAGAGGUUGCCUCUGUUUCUUGGGAGCAUAGAGGAUGUUACUGAGCUUGAAAGCUAUGGAGAUGUGCAGCAGACUGUGAAUCCUGGCUAUGAAGUUUAAAAGAUUCCUCUGUUUCAUACUGUGUACAAAUCAUAAAUCGAUGUUAGUUCUUGUUCAUUGUAACAUUUGGUACUAGGAAGGUUAGAUCCGUGUAUCUGUCUAUCAAGAUCGACAGGUAAUCUGGUAUAAGUCAGAAGUUUAUUUUGAUUCUUUAUCAGACAUUAGCCUUUCGUCGUAAUUCUUGAAUCAAAAUUUAACACACUA